GAACUGGGAUUUUCUUAGCUUUGCUGCACCUUUGUAUCGCGCAAUGAAAAUAAGACAACAAAACAGACAGACAGAGAUAGAGAGGGAGGGAGGAUGGAGAGGAAGUAGGGACAGAGGGAGAACAUUCAGGCUUACAGACAGACACAGCUAGAUCGGACUGGAAUACUUUUUGGCGGUUGUACAGAGUUUAAGUGGUUGCACGGUGGGCCUUUG